UCGCGAAAAAUAGCGUUCAUUGUUUAUGUUAUGUGCUCGUGGAUGGUUUUUUGUUUGAAGUUGUGACCGACUGCAGACAAUUUUUAUUCCCAAGUGCUGUUCAGUGGAAUAUUUUGCGUAAAAUGACGAGUAACAAUAAGCCGAAAAAGGUCGAUUUCAAAAAAAACGAAAAGGAAACCCCUGACGGAAACCGUCACCAAGCAGAAUUCGUGGAAAACGUUGGCCGUGUCGUUUACCGGCUUAACUAUUCUUGGCGUUGUGGCCGCUAUUACUUAUCAGGGCUAUCUGGAAACCAGAGUUUCGACACCGUUUAGCCAACACAAGCUCGUAUCUGAUGGCGGAGAUGACGGCAUGUUAUGGGGCUCAUACCGGCCCGGUGUAUAUUUCGGCAUGAAAUCUAGAGAAGAACAUCCACUCUUAACUGGCUUAAUGUGGUAUCUCCCGAGCCAACUCAGGUCCCUGUCGGAUAUAAGACAUUUUUGUGAAAUUGGUGAUAAUUUGAGAAAAUAUGGCUGGACGCACCACGAUGGGCGGAACUUUGGCGUUCAAGAAAUUAUAGACGGUUCUAUUUCACUUCAAACUUCUUUCGUGAAAUCGACCCAAGAAAACCCAUUCAGUUGGACAGCCAAAAUAGACGUAAAGCAGAGAAAACCUGCGCAAACCAAAACCAGCGUAUCGCUGAUAUGGUACGUGGCCUUUGAAUCUAUCGAUGAUGGAUUCUUAAAUGUUUCCACGGCUGGACACCACCCGCAAAUAGAUGCAAUGUCGUUCUCAUUGGGCGGAAUGGAGAUCAAAUUUCUGAAUAACAAUGCAAGUGUAUCUACCGAUGUAUCUUCAACAUGCACAUCUACCAACAGUGUCGAUAAAGUUAAAGAAGCAAUUGUGGAAACGUUUGCAUAUAAGAAGGAUGGCGAAAGUGUCAAGUACUUUCUAAAUGACAAGGCCGAACAGGCCCCUUGUAACUUGGCCGCCAUCAUGGUAACGUUCGAAGCCCCUGGUUCGUUCCUCAUUACCAUGGAUAAUGCGAGCAAGUCAUCCGUUACCAUUGGAUCAUCUCCGCAACAGCACUUCCAGAGAAAUCUAAACUAUCACAAAGAAAAAUUUACCGAAAAGUUCGAUUCCAUCUUUAAUCUUGAAGCCAAGGGUUUCACGGCCGGUGAAGUGACCUUUGCCAAAUCGAUUUUGAGCAACUUGGUUGGAGGUAUAGGUUAUUUCUACGGUUCUUCCAAGGUACAAAGCGAGUACAACGAAAACCCUAUAAACUAUUGGAAGGCUCCACUAUACACGGCAGUCCCUUCAAGAUCCUUCUUUCCCAGAGGUUUCUUGUGGGACGAAGGAUUUCACUCUCUAUUGGUGUCAACUUGGGACGUUGAUAUAGCUUUAGACAUAAUGAUGCACUGGUUUGAUCUUAUAAACAUUGACGGAUGGAUUCCGCGGGAACAAAUUUUGGGUAGCGAAGCAUUAGCAAAGGUGCCAGCAGAAUUCGUUGUUCAGCGUAGCUCGAAUGCAAACCCUCCCACGUUUUUCCUCACGCUUAGAUAUUUACUGAACAACUAUGAAGAACAGCUAAGAGCCCCGAAGCGCCAAGAAAACCUCAAGAAGAUGUUUCCCCGACUGCAGGCAUGGUUUUCUUGGUUCAAUAAAACGCAAAAGGGCGAAGUGGCUGGAAGCUAUCGCUGGAGGGGAAGAUCGAUCACCCCAGAAGAGAUCAAUCCCAAGACAUUAACCUCAGGUUUAGACGAUUAUCCCAGAGCGUCACAUCCAGACAAUCUAGAGAGACACGUAGAUUUGUUGUGCUGGAUGCAGUUAGCAUCGCAUGUAAUGAGUGAUUUAGCCAAAUUCUUAGGUAGGGAUGAUACAAAAUAUUUUGAAACUUACAAAUACUUGUCUAAUGUCGAGCGUUUGAACGCGCUUCACUUAUCGCCAAGAACGAACACGUAUGCUGACUACGGUCUGCACACCGACAAAGUAAGGCUAACACUAAUAGAACGCGAAACUGGAAGCAAGUGGUUGCGUGACGUUAUACAGAAUCCCAAGUACCAGUUAGUAGACAACGUUUUUGGAUAUAUCAGUCUAUUCCCGUUUUUACUGAAAUUGCUGCCAACUGAUUCCAUGCCCCUCAAAACAACUUUAGAUAAUCUGAGAGAUCCGGAGGUUUUGUGGACUGAUUUUGGGGUGAGGUCUUUGUCAAAGAAAUCAACUCUUUACAUGGAACGCAAUACUGAACAUGAUCCACCGUAUUGGAGAGGCCAGAUCUGGAUAAAUAUUAACUACCUGGUAUUAAGUGCGCUCAAUCAUUAUAGGAAUAAGACUGGGCCUCACAAGGCAUUAGCGCAGGAAAUAUAUAGUGAGUUGAGGAAAAAUAUUAUCACUAAUAUGUAUAGGCAGUACCAAAGAACUGGAUAUGUCUGGGAAAACUAUAGAGACGAUACGGGAGAGGGUAAGGGUUGUUAUCCCUUUACGGGGUGGAGUGCACUCGUUGUGAUGAUUAUGGCUGAAAUAUAUUAGCAAUGCUGUUGAAA